AGAUGAGCGCCCCCAAGCGGACAGUAAACGAAUAGCGAAAGCUAAAGAAAAUCUAUCUACGUUUUAGUAUCCUUGCAUGAAAUCCCUGAACUGCCGUUACAGGCGCUGCAAUCUCGGUUCGGCUAUGAAUAAAAGCGAAACUGUGGUCGUUACAGGUUUUGGACCUUUUCGACAGUUCUUGACCAACACCAGCUGGGAAGCCGCCAAGGGGUUGAAACUGAUCGGACUGGGGGAGAAUGUUGACGUCCAUGUGAGGGAGUUACCAGUGAGUUACUUGAAAACCCAGAAAGUUAUUGGUGAGCUCUGGCACACUCUUAACCCAAAGUUUGCUGUACAUCUGGGUUUGGCCAGAGGCUCCAGUGUGGUGAUUUUGGAGCAAACGGGGAAGAACACUGGCUACAGAGACCGAGAUGUCUGCGGCUACUGUCCAGAGACUCGCUGCUGCGUCGAAGGGGGGGCACAGAAGCUGGAGUCAGUCAUUAACAUGAGGGCAGUCUCAAAGCACUUCAGACAAGCAGGGAUGAAUGUAGUUUAUUCAAGAGAUGCUGGCAGGUACCUGUGCGAUUUUGCAUAUUACUGCUCACUGUAUCAUGGUCAGGGGAGAGCAGCCCUCAUCCAUAUACCCACAUCUGGUACCUUGGCCUCAGCUGACAGACUGGUGCCUCUGCUGCAAGCCCUCAUUCAGAAGAUCCUGGAACAGCUGGAGGAGCAUUCAAAAACAGGAGAUCCCCCUUUUGUGUCAAUGAGAUCUACUGAGGUGACUGAACCAGCAGCAUUACUUCUUUGUAUGAACUCUCUGGCUUCACUGCACUUGGGCAAUCUUCUGGAAAUCUCCAUUAAGUCACUACAGCAGAGGCGACCAUCGACAGUGGCCUGACUUCCAUGUGUGCUGCUAAGCCCCGACUCCACCACCUCUGUAACACAAUCCACACACUCCUGUAAUCAGGACAAAAAAGCCACGCUGCCAUAGAAACGCGAGGUUUGGUCCUGGAGAAGACGAAAGCUCCAGCGCUGCACUUCCCCACCACCUCGUUGCACGCAUGGAUAUCAAUGCGGUA